GUAUUCAAACCCUCCACAUUCUUUUUCCAGCAGUGAUAACGUAGAUUCUUUAAUUAUGGCAUGCAUUAUUGAUAGGCAAUAUAUUAUUGAAACAAGGUUGUAUUCUUUUCAAAUUAAUUCGAUUUCCACCAGCGUGGGAAUAUUAUAAUAAUUACAGACCGACAUUUGUUAGAAGCAAGGAACAGAUGAGUGGGGGGAGGGUGACAUGAAAAUUCAUUAUCACCACUUGAACCUAGUUCUUCUGGAACUGGUGAAGAGGUGGCUUCUUCCCUGCCUUUCUUCUGACAGCGAGCGCAGGCACUCUUCUCUCCCACUGAUGUGCACAUCCACUGCACAGAACUGCUCGCUCAUCCACAAUUCUCAGUAUAGAUUGGUCUUCCUAAGGACAGCUCAGCUCUUUCCUUCUGAGUGUGAAGCAUGCAGCUCGCAGCAGCACCACUGCACUUUCUCUUAAUUAUUACAGUGAGCAGCAGGUGGAGGGAGUCCUGGGAUACAGGGAUGCUCUGAAGGACAAAGCCGACUGCUGGAUACACAGCUCUCUGAAGAGGGGGACCGGCAUUUUUCUGAUUCUUUCACUUAUGCUUUGAAAGAACAGAAUCCAAGAAACCUUGAAAAGCAAGUAAAUGGAGCACAAUCACAUCUACAAUAGCUCUCUCCUGUCUCACAAGUAUGGCUGUGGAUUGGGAUAUGUACCUGUCAUCUACUACAGUCUCUUGCUUUGUCUAGGAUUACCAGCAAACAUUCUGACGGUGAUCAUCUUGUCCCAGCUCGUAGCCAGAAGACAGAAGUCCUCCUACAACUAUCUCUUGGCCUUGGCUGCAGCAGACAUCAUGGUACUAUUCUUCAUUGUGUUUGUGGACUUCCUUUUAGAGGACUUUAUCCUCAACAAGCAGAUGCCUCAAAUACUGAACAAGGUGAUUGAAGUCCUGGAGUUUUCUUCCAUACAUACAUCCAUUUGGAUUACAGUCCCACUAACCAUCGAUAGAUAUAUAGCAGUUUGCCACCCUCUGAAAUAUCAUACUGUUUCCUUUCCAGCUCGUACGAGGAAAGUCAUUGUAAGUGUGUACAUCACUUGCUUUUUGACUAGCAUCCCAUACUAUUGGUGGCCCAACAUAUGGACCGAGGAUUACACAAGCACAUCUCUACAUCACAUCCUUAUCUGGAUACAUUGUUUCACAGUCUACUUGGUCCCAUGUUCGAUUUUCUUCGUUCUAAAUUCCAUCAUUGUCUACAAGCUCCGUAGGAAAAGCAAUUUCCGGCUUCGAGGAUACUCCACGGGCAAAACCACCGCUAUUUUGUUUACAAUAACAUCUAUCUUUGCCAUCCUUUGGGCACCACGAAUAAUUAUGAUACUUUACCAUCUGUAUGUAUCUCCUAUAGACAAUAGUUGGCUGGUGCACAUAGUAACAGACAUUGCCAACAUGUUAGCACUCCUAAACACUGCAAUUAAUUUCUUCCUCUAUUGCUUUAUAAGUAAAAGGUUUCGCACAAUGGCUGCCGGGACACUCAAGGCGUUUUUUAAAUGCCAGAAACAACCAGUUCAGUUUUAUACAAAUUAUAAUUUCUCCAUAACCAGUAGCCCUUGGAUUUCGCCUGCCAAUUCUCACUGUAUUAAAAUGUUUGUGUAUCAGUAUGACAAGAAUGGUAAACCGGUGAAAAUCUCCCCAUGAGGCACUGGUGCCAUUGGUGGUUUGAGAAUACAGCUGAAAGAAAAAGCUUGUAAUAAUAGUUUUUUUGCACUUAAGUGCAUAGGCGCUUUCCAAAGGCCAUAUCAUUUAACGUCACUGGUGACAGCGAGCACAGGAGUGACAGCUGAAGUGUUCUUGAGAUCCAGGAUGAAGCUAAGGGCACUAAGUCGAAUGUUGAUGUUGAAGCCUAGUAUGACUCCAGUAGACAAAGUGACGGGAGUUUGAUGGCUUCUCUUUACCUGCUGAAUAAUAUUUACAUAUUCUAUAUGCCAUUUACAUGCAGUAGUGCAAUACAACGUUUUCGAGACAUCUUUUAAAGACACUCGAUGGUGCUUAGAUUAACCAAUAAACCCAUAGAGUUAACAGCUACUGCCAUUUAAUCCAUCUCACCCCAUGUAUAUUUGGGAUUUGAAAUAUUAGUUAGCUAUGUGAUCUUGCAUUACAAGAUAUUACAAUAAUAUAGCAACUAGAUCAUACACCGUAAACCCACUGGAGUGUUUAUAUAGGAUAAAUAACUUUCUAGUUUAUCGCUUUUUACUGCUUUUUUGAUAUGUCAGAUGUAACAGUGUGUUUUGUGAAUGGCUUGACCUGCAACUUAUGCUGUACAAUACCUUAUGUGAGCUAUGCGUGCAUACAACCUGCAAAACAUAUUCAGCAGUGCCAUCAUUUGUACAUUGCAUCGACUUGAAUUAUUCAUGAAGGUAUUAUUUAAAACAGGGGGAAAAAAGGACGGUUAUUUCAGCGCAAUCCAUUAAUGCUGCCACACUUUUCAUUACUUCCUCUGGUGCAUACACAGUACAACUUUGACUGGUUGUUAAACAAGCCUUAGUAAGGUCAAAGUCAAUCUCUUUUACCUUAAUAGUGAUUGCAAAAAAUACAAAGCACAAUGAGCAAAAACAACAAUUUCCACCGAGAACAACAUCUGCAAUAUCUACCCUAGGACUAGGUGUAUGCUUAUGGGAUCUUUUUUUUUUUCUUUUUUACUAUACUUAAUCUUUGAAGCAUAAUGAUUAAUCAUGUUAACUCCACUAAAUUUGUACAGUUUUUCUUCCAAUAUGUGCACAUUGCAUUUAUCUAACAAUUUGUUUGAAAUAUUGUAUUUCUCUUAUUUUCAUCCAUGUACAUUCAUAAUUGAUUUUCUAUAAGGUCAAUGAUAUGUACAUAUAAUAGUUUUCUGUGAAGUAAAAAAAAAAAAGGAAAAAUAAAUGUAGACCUUUUUUUGGGGAUCAGAGAGUUUGCGCAACCCUUAAGCCAUGGUUGAAGGUCUUUGGAGGACAGCAAGAGCUGUCACGUUUACAGUAUGGAUUAGAGUAAUUGUAAGGAUUCCCCAGGAGGGUGAGAUAUUUUAAGGGUUCCUCCCCCACAGUAAUAGAGUUUGGAAUGACUACUAUAGGCCUUACUUAACAGACAUAUCUUAGGCCUUAUCUUUUAGUAUAGGCCUUACCUUGUGAGCAAUCUAUAGGUUUUACCAUGUAGGCCUUACGUUAGUGUAUUAGUAUAUUCUGCCUUAUAGUUCAGUUUUACAUCUUUUACCAUGUGUUCCUUAUCAGCUGCCUGUUUUAGCUUACAGAAAACAAAUGGGAAUGUUUUGGACACCUGCAAUGCAGCACAAUUUACUCAUUGAGCGUCAAUGGAAGUCUUCUUUUAUGGAUUAUUCCAUCCCUAUUUUAACUUAAUAGUGGUUCUGUAUAUUCCUAACCUUAACCUUUUACAGGUUUACUUAUAUGUAUGUCCACAAAGCGGCUUUGUCUGUAUUAAUGGUUGUUGCUACUUGCUGUAUAGCUUUAGUACAUUAUAUGUGCUGCAAACCAAAAUAGUGAAAUGCACUUUGAAAACUUUAGUUACAUGAGUAUUGUAGUUGUCAUGGGUGUCAAAUAAUUUAAUCAUGCUUAAAGUGACUGUCCAGUCAUGGGAUUAAAUGGGAAUGUAAGGAAGUACUUAAAGGCGAUAGUUACCUGCUAUUCAUUUUCCUUAUUUGCUGUAUUGGCUGCAAUUCAUUUGUCUCGUUUUGAGCAGAUCUGAGAUUUGUGACUACAGUUAAAUUACAAUGCCUACAGGGAGGCUGAGGUAGUCUGAGACACGCCUCCUGUCUCCUGAUUGGUUCAAGCUGCUGCUCCCUCCCUCCUUCUGCAGUUUGUGAGAUUGGCUACUGUGUGUAUACAGAAGUCUAUCACAAGCUCAGCCGUACACCUGGAGCAGAUUUCCAUUACAAAAGGACUAAGAGUAUUAAAGGAGUACUUCAGUAAAUCAAAAUAUAUCCCCUAUCCACAGGAUAGGGAAUAAGUGUCUGGUCCCAGCGAUCGGACCCACACAAUCUCCAGGAUAGGGUCCCUCUCACCAUGUGCAUGGAGACGCUUGUCGGCACGCACUCCAUGCACUGGGAGAGAUAGAGGUGCUGUACUUGAGUAUCACUCCUAUAGCGAAUGCAAGAAGCACAUGCUGACACUCUGUUCCAUGCACAUGGAGACAUGGGGCCUAAUUCUGGAGAUUGUCCCAGCAGUUGGAUCCCAUGUGAUCACAUCCUUAUCACCUAUCCUGUGAAUAGGGUAUUUGUUUUGAAGUAAUUGAGUAUCCUUUCAAGCUGCCAGUGAGAAAAAAGAUUAUCAGGUAAUUGUAACACAUACAUUGGAGGAAUGGAGAGUCAUUUUAAAAAUUCUCUAUUACCGUCAUCCAAUAUAGGCAGUCAUGUUAUAGCUGUUAUGCACUGGCAUCACUCGGAAAUGGCUGCAAGCAAUGACCAUAGGUACAAUAAAAGUGCAUACACAUGAUAAAUUGUGAACCGUUGCUUUCGUAGAAUGGCAUUGAUAUACUGGCAAUAAUACAUUGUGCAAAAAUAUACACACCCAGUGACAUCUUGUCAUAGGAUAACAUUCAAAUGUCACCUUCAGCAGCGAACAAUAUGUUACAUUCUCCCCCAUGAGUAUGAGCGAACCAUUACACCCAUGUUCUUUUCUUGUUUACUGAUGGAAUAUAAGCUAUUAGACAACAUGUUGUAUGGGCUGUAUUUAUAUAUGGGAAUGUGAAUGCUAAGUUAUGUAGAUGUAAAUACUUAUUACAUUUAGUGCAAUAUAGCGAUGCACUGCUGACGAUUUUUGUAAACCAUUUAACCUAGUUAUUAUUAAGGAUGUAUCAAUACUUUAUUUGAUGCUGUAUAAAGUAGGAAUGUAAUAAAUUUAUGAUGUGCAAUUUUACUGAGACGGAAUGCAAUCUUAUAGAAACUUGUAAGGUCUCUUUCUUCUUACAGAUUUCAUAGAUACAUUUUUGUAUUGAAUAUAUUUAAGUGUUUUCAACUGAUGUUUGUUUGUUUUUUCCUGACAAUUCUAGCUUGAAGACCUUCUCCUUAGAGACACUUUUAUUAAUUUCAGGGAAUUUAGGGCUUAAUUAUGUUGCCUGUUUUCACUUGUGUGAGCUUAGUAGGUUGUCUGGAAUUACAAAUAAAAUCUACUUUUG